UUUACGCAGGUCACACAUUGUAUGUCGAUAUUCAUGGUGAAGUCUGCCCAUCGGACAGAGGUGAAGCCGUGAUUUUCCACCCAUGUGUCGCCUUACUAACAGUAAGCCCUUCUAAUGACACCGGUGCCUUCGGGUAUAGCUUUAAUCUACUCAAGGUAGCUGGUCUAUUAAGGAAUGGCCGUAUUCCAUAUGAUAGAUGA